UGGCUCGAGCCCACCGAAGGCGGCCAGGCGCCCUCGAGAGUGCGCGCCUGCCCCCCCGUGCUGGUGGAGGAGGGCUGGGGCGCCCCGCGCCGGGGCGGCGGAGGGCGGGAGAUCGGGAUGCCCAACAAGGAGCCGCUCGACGAGGCGACAUUUUUGGCCAGGCUGGGCACCCUGUUUGAGACGAACCGCGACGAGAAGGAUGUGGUGUGGUUGCAGAUGAAGCGGUUCCAGGGCAGGAAGGCUGCCUGCCUGAGAAAGAAACCCAAGCUGAGGGACGAGGCCGCCAAAGGAGUCGAACCGAGGCCUGG